UUUUCGACACGGGAGCAGCAGGAGCGGGGAGAGGGGAGGCUCAGAAGGAGUGAAGAGAAGAAGGGAGGGGUGGGACUGCGACCCACACCACUCUCCUCCCGCAUACGCCAUCACCUGGCAACAACCGCCGACGCGCCUCCGCGUCGCUCCUUCGUUAAAUUGUUCAGCCUUCGUUUUUGCGAAGCGCGACGAGGGCAAACCAAGAGGGCUCCAAAAACAUAUUCACCAGCAGCACCUUGCGAAGAGUGCAGGCAGCACGUGAUGUCAAGCCUGCCCACAUCUCCCCCUCUCAGCACCUCCCCCUCGCUCGGGCAACCUCUCACGUCGGGAGCGAGCAACACACACUCGCUUCAGCAGCAAACGCCGCUGCACGCAACAUCAUCAGCAGAAGGUUCGACGAUGAUGAGGAGGGAGGUAGCGCCGAGGAGAGCGUCUGCGUCGUGUGACGGGGAGAACAUGGCAACGGCUGUUGCUCGCGCGGAAGGCACCCGAAAGGGUCGAUUCCAAAUACGCGAGGUUCGAGCGAGCAUAGCGGAAGGCGCCCAAUCAUCUGCUUGUCGCGCCGCUUUGAGCCUCCAGGAGGAUGCCGAGCACGCAAUCGCUAUUGUACAGGAUGGGAAGCUCGUUCCGUCCCCGUUAUCCACCCCACGCGCGAGAAGGCGCUCCCAGACCGAGGACGACUCGAUACAACAAACAACGGCCGUGAGCGACGGAAACAUACAGGCCGUCGCGAACGCGGUCGCCGCGGCGGCCGUGGCGGCGGCGGUCUCCUCCGCUCCGGGGGCAACCACCUUCGGGAGCACCGGCGGCAACAGCCCGGACUCGGCCACCGCUUACCCCAGCGCGGCCGCGGAGCCCGCGAAGCGCCAGAGGGGGCGGUUCAAGCUGCGGGACAUUCGAGAGGUGUCCGCGUCGGUGUCGACCUCGUCGUCGUCCACCUCCCCCGCGGGCGGGGUGUUUCUGGGACCGAACGGUCAGCAGCACCAGCACCAGCAGCACCAACAGCACCAGUCCUCGACGACGUCGGUUAUCGUCACGACGCAGCAGGAUUCGUUCUCCGGUGGCGCAUCGCCGCCAGCUGCGCCAGACACGCAGACCGCCCUCCUUCUGCUAAUAGAACAAAACCGGCAGGUGCUGGAGAAGAUCGCCGCAACAGCCGGUGGCGGCAGCAGCGCGCUGGACGUGUCCACCGGCAGCGCGGGCGCCGGCGGUGGCGGUCCUCCGCCUGUUGGAAAUGGGGGCGCUGGGGCGGGAGGGAGAGGAGAGCAGCGGAUGGCGCAGCAGCAGCAAGGGCAGGGGCAGCCUGGGCAGCCGCCGCGACGGCCAGCCAGUGCAGGAAUUGGCCGGAACGAGAUGGGCGUGGGGGCGGGUAGCGGUGGUGGCAGCGGCGGUGGUUCAUUGCAGGGCGGAGGCGGCAGUGCGGGGUCCGGUAUCGGGGGCACGGGGGUGGCGGGGNCGGGCCGUCGGGCGGAGAGGGGACGUCUGAGCACGCUGCUCGACCAGCUUAAGGAUGAGAUCGAUUUUCACGCCGCUGCGAAGAGGGAUAUGGAUCUGGAACUGAAACGGGUGAGGCAACGGCAUCGCUUGAUGGAGGACCGGGCGGCGGAAGAGAAGCAGAAAACCGCUGCAUCGGAAGCUAAGGUGGCCAAGCUCCAGGCCAAGAACAAGUUCCUAAGCGAGGAGAACACGAAGCUGAAGCAGAUCCUGCAGCAGAUCCAGGAUGCGGGUGUGUUGCCGCAAGAAGCGGGGGGCGCGUCGCAGUCACACCAGAGGCAGCAGCAGCAGCAGCAACAGACGAGUCCAACAGGGAUAGCCCUACCGGCAAGCGAAUCGAGCUCGGGAGUGUCCAGCGGGACGCCAGCUUCGUCCAGCAGUAACAAGGGUGGGAUCAUGGCUCACGGACAAUCACCCGGCGGGACAGGGAUAGGAGGAAUGCUGGCCGCCGCCGCCGCUGCCAAGGCCCAGCAGCAGGCCCAGCAGCAGGGGAAGCCUCAGCAGCAACAGCAGCAACAGCAACAGCAGCAACAGCAACAGCAGCACCAGCAGCACCAGCACAAACAACAACAGCAACAACAGCAACAACAGCAACAGCACCAGCAGCAGCCCCCCGGGCAGCAGGGAAUGUGGAAGGGGACAGCAGCAGCAGCAGCAGCAGCAGCAGCAACAACAACAACAACUUCUCGGCGUGGGUCCCGGCUCUCGAAUAUCUCCGUCGGCACCGGGGCUGGAGGACCCGCGGUCGCCACAACGGCGAAGAUCCAGCGAUGCGGUUGGGGCAGAGACGGUCCAGCCUACCACCGGCCGUCACUGGAGAAAUGCUUCCCACACCGGUGCCCUCGGGGUCAUGAGCAUGAGCGGUCCGCAGCCCUCGUCAGCCAACCCUGGACAGGGUCCAUGGCAAGGAAACUGGGGUCAGGGGGGCCAGGGAGUAAGGCAAGGGCUAGGCAGCAGCACCGCUGGAGGCGGGCAGGUGCAAGUGCCGCAGCACGGGCAGCAGCAGCAACAACAGCAGCAACAGCAGCAGCAGCAUCAUCAACAGCAGCAGCAGCAGCAGCAGCAAAUAGCUGGUGGUCGAGGUGGGCAGGCGGCAUCAGGAGGGCUUCUGGUUUCUCAGGCCCAGAGGAACAGCACUCUCGCUAAGGCGCGGUCUGUGAGUGGGGUGAUGCACAGCGUGCAGCAAACUCAACCGGGACAGCAGCAGCAGCAACAACAGCAGCAGCAGCAGCAGCAGCAGCAGCAGCAGCAGCAGCAGCAGCAGCAACAGCAACAGCAGGUUUAUGGCAUGCAUCGUUCUACCUCUGGGACACAAAUGCACGAGAAAGUGGUGAUGCCGACGACGAAUUACCCCGGUAAACAUCACCGCCGCUCGGCCUCCGGAACGAUGUUGUACGGAAACGGGAUGAGCGAUCCCAUCGGUAUCGCCGGCAGCAAUGGUGGCAAGGGCGGCGCCGGUGGUUCUGGUGGUGGUGGUGGCAGCGGCGGCUCUGGGGGCUCCGCGGGAGCGGCGGGCGGGGUAACUAACGGAGGUCAGCAAGCCGGGAGUAGCGGCGGCGGGGGUGGUAUGCGUGGGGUGUCUCCCUCUCUCGAGCCAGCCCCGCCUGUCCGGAGAGCCUCUUCAGCCGCGCAGUACGUGGGACACAUCGGCAGCAGCGGCGUAAGUGGUAGUUCUGGCGGUGGCGGCGGCGGGGUUGGGGUCAUGCCACGCACCCAAACCAGCCACGCGCAAGGCCAGCAGCAGCAGCAGCAGCAGCAGCAGCAGCAGCAGUUGCAUGGGCAGCCGGGGGGUGGUAGUAGUAGUGGUGUCGUUGUAAACGGAAGCAGCAGCGGUGGUAGUGGGUCUGGAGUUGGAGGGCAGGGCAAGCAACAUGAGGUCAUGCAGGCGCAGAUCAUGAACUCGUUCGGUCGGUCCACUCUCUCGUCGACGCCGCCAUGGAAGGAUUGAGCUGCGGUAGGCAAUUUAUAGAAAUGACGUAGCUUCUAGAACACGCAGGUGCGAGCUGGGUGGAAGGGCUGCUGCUGAGAAUUAGUCUCUUGAAGACAGUUGCCUGGAUCCAACGCGGCCAAGGGGUGAAUGACCGCCAACCCCCGCCCCCCCCCGCCCCCCCCCGCCCUUCUUUUUUGCUCCUUUACUCAAGGAAUGGGAAUGUUCGUUACUUUCGUAACACAGAAGUACUGUUGGUUUUUGGUGUAUCUUGUCUCUUUUCUAAGUACUGGUAGGAAAAACGUUGCCACCGAAUGUAGUAGGGGUGACACCACGUUUUUGGCGUUGACCGACUGAGUAUGGACGUUGUGCAACGCGGAGUGGUUGAAUUUCCGUCUAAAUCAUGCCUGAGGGAUGUUCUGAUGUCUUCUUUUUCGUUGUUUUUGGAUGGCAUCUCCAAUCUUUUCCUUUAUUUUAGUCUAUUUCAACAAUAGUGGCACGUCAUGUACAAAUGGCAAUAUUGCUGGUCUUCCGUCCCGAGGAAGUUUUUGACUCGCAGGGUGCAGGCAGGAGAACAGGGAAGUAAGCUUGUUGUGGUUGCCGUCUCCGAACGCUUCUGGGUGAUUCCGCGAUUAGAUCGUCCAUUUUUUCAUGCGUCCGUCUCGUCGUGUUUUGUGUGUUUGAUCCGUGGAGAUACCAAUAGGACGGCAUGCGAGUGCAUGCUCGACCACACAAUGUACGUACAUUCAUGAUAGACACGCACGACGAUUUGUACAAUUUCAGUCACGAACGUUUUUUUUUUUCGUGUGUAGCGCCUCGAACCAUGAGACGACUUGUGAGUAAACACGGACCGAUACGCAUGGGCAUGGAUUGUUUUGGCGGUAUUCGUCAUGUGGCAAGUAGGUUUUGGGGGCGUUUUUUUUUUUUGGCCUGCGGCAGGCCGAUUACAGAACAUGUCUUGUCUGCCGCUCUCACGGUUUCCCAGUCAUACUAGAUCGAUCAAUGUGUUGGCACGUGCGCCUCUUCAUGUCACAUGUACAAAUUAGCAUCGCCCGCCGCGACAGGCGGCGUGUUCUGGUUGCUAUUCUUCUCCAGCGAAAGACAAGGCUGUAUGCGCAGAGAGAAGAAUGUUUUAUUGCAAGCGUUUGCGUUCAAGCCAUGCUCCAUUUUGUUGUGUUCCUUCAGUUGGUGAUGUUUUGCUAUGUACAACCUGGAGGAGACGGCUUUGCAGUGUGCUGGGUUGUUUGAAAGUGUGACAAGCAGAAAACCGAAAUCCUUCAAGUUGUAUUCUGCCCGUUUAG